AUGUUAUCAUCAAGUAAAUUAUUUUCUAUAUUAUCAAUCACGCUGGUUGUACUCUCUGUACAUUUUGUAAAUGGUUUUCCCAUCGGUGCAGAAUCAUUCUCUCAAAUGAAUUCAGAUAUUGAUGAUCCUACUGAACUUAUCGACAAUGGACAAAUACUAUCAAAACGAAACUUACCCGUUGAAGGUAUCCUAAUUGGCCGACGAUCAUUCCCAACUGAAGGCAUUUUAAUGGGCAAGCGAGAUUAUCCAACUGAAGGCAUUUUAAUGGGCAAGCGAGAUUAUCCAACUGAAGGCAUUUUAAUGGGUAAACGGGAUUAUCCAACUGAAGGCAUUUUAAUGGGUAAACGGGAUUAUCCAACUGAAGGGAUCUUAAUGGGAAAACGUAAUUUUCCAACUGAAGGGAUCUUGAUGGGAAAACGUAAUUUUCCAACUGAGGGAAUACUUUUAGGCAAACGUUUUCGAUUUUCUUCACCAAAAUCAAGUUUUUAUCGUGGAUUCAAAUAUUAA